AACCUUCGUUUUUCUUUCGCCUUUUACCUUUUGAUUCUUGCAUCUUUCUUUUUCUCUCUUUUCUUUCUCUGAUUUCAACACAUCCCCUUUACAAUUUCCAUCCAGAUUAGCCAAAAUUUAAUACUAUAUAAUUCACGCCAUCGGCAUCAUCAAGCAUUAUUCUGAAAUUUAUAUACUUUAUAGACAAAAACAGCAUCUAUAGUUAAACACGGUUAUCAAUACCACUUUAGAAUAUACGAAUAGUAUUUUAUUUAUUUUUAUGUUUACUCGAUUAGAUUAAUUUCUUCUUAUAAAUGAGUCCACCUAAUUACAACAUUGACAUCAAUCAAGUAAAAAAAAAAAGUUUAAAAACGUGUUUUUUUUUAUUAAAGUUGACAAUAGCUAAGAAAUACUUUAUUUAUUUAUUUAAAGCUAUAUAUAAAGAAACUAUUCUAUUUGAUUUAAUUUCACUUAAUGUUCUUUUACAUGAGUAAAAGAAUAAAAAGCAUGACACCAAGUUCUUUGUCCCCGCAUUACGCGGCUCAAUCUCCUUCAGGACGUAAACCUGACUUGGUAGCGAAGGAGGUGCUGGAAUGGUGGCAAACCAACGGAAAGCACCCGUUCAUCCAGCCCCACAUCUCGUCACCGAGUAAUGUGGGUGCGAACUCGCCAGAGAACUUAACACUAGGUGAUAAGGUCCAGCUCAUUCGACUACCAGUAGCUUCACCGUCAGCCGUUAAAGAGUUCAGUCAGGUUAGCAGUGAAGAGCCAGCACAUCUCACCACAGGUUAGACCUCCCUCCCCCCAGCAUCAUGAUUCCACAUUGGCGAUGCGAUGUACACAGUAGUCCUUCCAAAAAUGAAAAGAGACCAUGCCCCACGACUUCUCAGAAUUAACUGAGCUGGCGAGUAACAACUUUCACUUUCCGAUGCUUGUAGCAUGGAAGAAUCUCCCUGCAACGGUCGCAAGAGACGCCUCACUAUGAAACCGGGACUGUUGUUGCUCAAGGAGAAAACAAACGACACGCGUUGGAGGGGGUCUAUAAGUAACAGAAAUUUUUUUCAUCUGCGAUUAAAGUUUAGGACUGCGCUUUUUGUCAGUAUUAGAUACCCACGUCAGAGCAAACGUGAUAUAGCUGUAU